AUGACGGUGCCGGAAUCAAUUGCGGCGGCGAUUAACCAGAUUGAUGAGAAGAAGGAAAAGCUGAAGAAAGCUUUCGACGAGCUCGAGACGCACCGAUCUCUCCUCUCACCAUCUUUCAACUUAUCCUGGUCUGAGAUUGACUCUCACUUCUCCUCUCUCCAGUCUUCACUGUCUAACCGCUUCCGCCUCCUCCAAUCAGCCGCGCCUAUCCCCGAAUCCGACAAAAUCGAAGCCUCCGCGGAGGAUACGACGGAGGCACCGCUCGUUUGGCCGGAACUGAGAACGUUUUGCGAGAAUAUGGACGGGAAAGGAUUGGGUGAGUACAUGAUUGACAAUUCGAGGAAGCGUAUGUCGAUCAAUUACGAGCUUCCUGCAGCGAUUCGCUGCUCAGCGAAUCCAGCAGCAUUGGUUCUCGACGCGAUCGAAGGCUCCUACCACUGUUCUCCGUCGGCGACGGCGAGAGCGAUCGACGGAAGAAGGAUUUUCGUUUUGUUACUGGAAGCUUUGAUUGAGGUAAAUCCGAAACUCACGAACGAUUUGAGAGAAAGAGCAAGGACGCUUGCUUACGAUUGGAAACUGAAUAUAGUUAACAAACCAUCAGAGGCGUUAGGGUUCUUACACUUGGUCUCAGUCUUUGAAUUAGCAUCUCUGUUCACAAUCAAGGAGCUUGAUGAUUACAUAUUCUUGAUCUCAAAUUAUAAACACGCAACGACGAUUAGCAAGAAGAUUGGCUUAGAUAAAGGAAGAAUCGGAAAUCUCAUUUCGAAGUUUUUGGAUACUGGGAGAUUACUUGCUGCGAGAAGCUGCAAAGAGGAUUCGCGCCGAGGGGAAAACUCUGCCAAGGCGCAGAACGAAGCUAAUGAGAAAGAGCUCACUGCGUUGAGAGCAGUGAUCAAAGUCGUCAAAGAGAGGAACCUCGAGUACGAGUUUUUAGAAGAGGAGCUCGAAGAGUGCGUUGAGAAGUUGGAGAAUUGGAAAGCUCGAGCUCAGAAGAAGCGUGCCAGUAAUGUCCAGCAACCGCAAAAACAGCUCGAUAAGAAGAAGCGGCCUCGAGUUGCUAAUGGUGCAGCUAAGAGUCAGCAACAGGCGCUUUUGCCUAAUCCUAGCCAGAGUUUACCAGUGAACUCGUUUGGUCUUUUGCCUAAUCCUCCUAGCCACUGUUUGCCUGGUGUUGCUGUGCCAAUGCCGUAUGGUAACCCAUAUGGUAUAUAUGGCUCUGUUCCAGGUCCAUCACCAGUUCCAGCUUCUGGACCUGUCUACUAUGGGCAGCAACAUGGUUAUGGUGGAUAUGCGUUGCCAUCUCAAUACCCUCCACAUUACUAUCCUCAGUAG